AUGAAAGUCUUCACAUCAAUCUUUGUGCUAAUGGCAUUCGCUACCUCCCAGGCAAUUGCCGCACCUGCAGCCACAGCUGCAGACCUGGAGACGCGUGCCGACUAUUGCGUUGAUAUCGAAGUAUGCCACGGCUACAACUUUGAGGGUGGCUGCUAUCAAGAAUGCAAGAGGCCUGGCGAGCCAUACGAUAUCAGAAAGGAAUGGCAGAAAAAUGCCGGCUCGUUCAAAAUUGGGACCCCGGGCUAUAACUGUGCGAUUGGAUCAAUCAAUGGAAUCACGGACCCAGUAGACUACCCUGGGAUCGGGAGACUUCAGGAUGACUGGAUCAACAACAUUGAAGGAUAUCAGUGCACCAAAGUCUAA